UCUUACGUCUCCUAUCUUUGGCCGACUCAGCCGGUUGGCCUGGAUGUAAAACGGGCGGCGCGAGGCUCGUGUUUACGUUUCGUCCACCUGCAGCAGGCAAUCUGACUGCGGGAUUAACGAGACCCCGAAGCAUCACUGAGCGGGAUUAACUGGACAGUGAAGCAUCACUGAGCGGGAGCAUCAAGGUGAGGAGGCGUCUGGAAAAGGAGCUGGUUCUCUCGUCUCCGUCAGUCAAUUUGAUUUGCCCUUCUUUUACGUCAUCUGUCAUGAGCGGAAGAGUCGGAGACCUCAGUCCCAAACAGGCUGAAGCACUACAGCUGUUUCGAGAGAGGAUACAAGACAUUCUUCCACAACUUCCUGCACAGCAUGACCACUUCCUGUUACGCUGGCUCAGAGCCAGAAACUUCAAUUUGCAGAAGUCUGAGGCCAUGCUGCGGAAGCAUUUGGAGUUUAGGAAACAGAUGAAAAUAGACACAAUAAUCACUGAAUGGCGUCCACCGGAGGUGAUAGAGAAGUAUCUGUCAGGAGGGAUGUGUGGUCAUGAUCUUGAGGGUAGUCCCAUCUGGUACGAUGUGAUUGGACCGGUGGAUCCUAAAGGCCUCUUCCUGUCUGCCUCCAAACAAGACUUCAUCAAGUCCAAAAUAAGAGACUGUGAGAUGCUGCAGAAGGACUGUGACCGCCAGUCAGAGAGGUUGGGGAGGAAUGUGGAGUCAAUCACUAUGAUCUAUGAUGUUGAAGGUCUAGGUCUGAAACACUUAUGGAAGCCUGCGAUAGAAACAUAUGGGGAGAUUCUCCAGAUGUUCGAAGACAACUACCCUGAAGGUUUGAAGAGACUGUUUGUUAUUAAAGCACCCAAACUCUUUCCUGUGGCCUACAACCUUGUGAAGCACUUUCUGAGUGAGAUCACAAGACAAAAGAUUCAUAUUCUUGGAGAUAACUGGAAGGAAGUUUUACUGAAGUACAUCGAUGCAGAGGAGCUGCCGAUGAUAUAUGGUGGUAAACUGACAGAUCCCGAUGGAGAUCCUCGCUGUCGGACCAGGAUUAAUAAUUGGGCCCACGACUGAUGAGGAACAGACGGAAAGAAUUUCAUUUUCGGGCUGCUUUCAGGAUACAAGAAUUUAUGAGCCUCUGUGUUUAUAAAUAAAUGUUUUAGUUAGCUAGCUGUGUCGUCAACAAUAUACAGUAUUAUUAUUAUUUUGGUGUAGAAACUAACCCUAACCCUAAGGUAAUGAGAACAAAACAGAUAUUAAUUUUCAGGUGAUUAUAAAAGGAUAAAAACAUUAUCGUUAAUACUGCGUUAAGUGUUUGUAAAUAGAUUCUCCCUAAAUCCUACACACUUCACUUUUUCCCACAAACGUUCGAGCCUUAUAUUUCUUGUGUAUGAAGUUUUUUGAAGUUUUGAUUUUGGUUCUACAAUAUAUCUAAAAUAUGUAAAGAAUCAACUCAUCAUGAGAUGCCUGAUGCAUUUUUGCUCUCUAACUUGAUGGCGUUUGUUUUCUUUGUGUGAUUUCUUUUCGCAGUUGUAUAUUUUCUUUUUGUCAGUUGCUGUUUCUUCACGACUGCUGUUUGUUAAGACAUUUCUACAUGACUUUUAGAGAAGUGGUUUCAGAUGAGUUUGACAUAACAAUGCUCACUUCCCAGAAACAACACUACAGGUUUGAAUUGAAAAAUAAAGACACAACAUGAAUUUUUAGUCUGUCUGAUAGGAUUAACUGUAUGUAUAAUAAACAGGACAGUGUGAGAAA